AUGGCCGCCAACUCACCUACCGUCGAUGUUCCGGCGUUAGUCUUCCACAUCGACCUUCUACUGCUCGCCGUUGCUGGCGUCUUUGUCUUAUCCACCUUACCUCGACUCUACUUCGCAAUACGCCACUCGUCAUACCUGUCCACCGGAUAUUAUCUGCGCGGUCCGGGCAAUGUUCGCAUUCCAAGCGUUGGACGCGACUACACGUUGCGUCGCGGCCAUCCUCAUUCCAACGAGUACGAAAUGGAAGAACACGAAAGACUCGCUGGAGGCAGUUCACUCGACCCGUUUACUGCAUAUCUCAUCGUCCCGCCUUCUGGUGGGACCGCGACCGGCAAGGCUAGCGUGCCUGCUCCCGUGCCUUCAUGGACUACCUUCACUCAUCCAGUUAUCAUCUCGGUCCUCAACCUCGAGGUUCUUCCUGGCCUUACGUUUUUGAGGAGCGUACUCGUUCUUUCGAUAUUCUCCGUGCUUGCAUAUGCCGGUCUCUACAAGAGUAACCCCUUUUCGGAUCCGGUACGAGAGGGCUACAUCACCAUGGCCCUCUUUCCGCUGGUCGUAACCGUUGCGUGCAAGAACAAUGUUCUCACCUGGUUAGCUGGCGUUGGAUACGAGAAGCUCAACUGGCUCCACCGGGCCUUGGGUACGCUCCUUGUACUAUGUGCAAACCUCCACGGUGUGGGCAAAAUCUACAACUGGGCGAAUCAAGACAAGUUCUACACCUACAUUAAGCUGCGGCAGUUCCAGUACGGCUUAGUGGCGCUCGCGGGCAUGGAUUUGCUGUUUCUCGGCUCACGUCAGUUCGUGCGCUCACGGUCGUAUACCCUAUUCCUCCUGUCACAUUUUGUGGGUUUCACUGCUGUCGCCGUGGGUAUGACCAACCAUUGGCCCAUCACGAUCCCCUACGUUGUCGCGGGUGUGGUCAUGUAUGGCGCCGAUCGCGUUCUCCGCCUCGCUCGUACGCGCGCAACCACAGUGCACCUCACGGCCAUGCAACAUCUCAACAACGGUACGACGCACGUACACAUGCCGCGCCUUACCCGGGGAUACCGCUCCGGACAACACGUCCGCGUUCGCAUCGUAGAUGGCACCGGCGUCAUCGCCUGGAUCCGCGCUCUGGCGUUCUCCCGCCCGCGCCCUUUCACCCUCGCCUCGCGCCCGCUCGGCUCUGGUUGUCGCAAAAAACUUUUGGGCCCGCUGAUCGCGACCGGGUCGCCAGCUGGUGGCCAGACGGUGGCCAGACGGUCACCAGAGUCUGUGCAAGCGGUGUUCACCAGCCCAUNGUCACCCAGUGACCAGACGCUCGCCAGGCGCUCGCUAGGUGCUGGCAAUGGCCGACACGGACUCACCGGGCCCAAAAGUUUUUGCGACAGUGCAGAGCUUUACAUCAAGAAAGAAAGGGGAUCGUUCACUACUAGCCUGUACAAAAUGGCUAGUGGAGAGGUACUGCCGUCUUACAAGGGAUUUGAUAAAACGGGUUCGACUACGAGCCUCGAAGCUAGCACGCCGAUGCGGGCAGUUCGUAUGCUCGUAGAGGGACCCUACGGCGGGCCGUCCUACACUAUCUUCGAGUCCUACUCUGGCGUCGUGCUUGUCGCAGGCGGAUCUGGUAUCUCCUUCGUACUCGGUGUACUCGACGACCUCUUGAAAGCACACGUAGCAGGUCGCUCUCGUGCAUGCGUUAUCGAGGUUGUAUGGGCCGUCGCAGACCCCGCGGCGCUCACUGCCUUGUUACCCACGCUUCGCCGCCUCCUCCGCCCGCGUCCGUCGCCCCACAGUGCGCUCGCGAUCCGCGUGGCGGUGCACUAUACUCGGGCAGGCGGACGGGGACCCUUCCCCGACCGUGAGCGUGUGCCUACGGGCGUUCACCUCCAUGCCGGCCGUCCGAACCUCCUCAAUACGCUCGAGGCAACCAUCGAUCGCGUAUUGGAUGAUCGCGCCGGCUAUACACAGCUUGAAAGGAGUGGCAUCGUUGCUGCUGCGUGUGGGCCUCAGGCGCUCGCCGCUCAGUUGGCGGGAGCAGUUGGUAGCCUUUCGUGGGAGCGCUGGCGCGAUGUCGGAGGCGUUGAGGUUGUUAGCGAGGCGUUUGCGUUCUGA